AUGGAUGAACUUUCACCAUAUCCAACUGCUUCUUGCGAUGGAGAGCUGCGUGAAGAAGACUUCGCCAGCCCAGAGUGCCUCGAAGACAUCAAAGCCUACUCUUCCCUCCUCCAGCAGUGUGAUGCCAUACUUCCGCAAGGUCCCGACGCAGUGUUGUCUGUUACCAGCAAAGCGGCAAAACGCACCCACCGUGAUGCUUUCAGUGGGAUGCAGAACAAAGUCAACAUGCUUGUUCGCAACCAUGAAGUUCUGGCCAUCACGCACACUGAUGCUGCGGGAAGUAAGCAAGGUCAGAUAGUCGUGAUCAACAGCGAGAAUGUCAUCCAUGGGAUCAAAGCUGCCAAAGACGCCCACCUCAAGGAGAAAGUCCAUCCCCUCAAAGUUUACGUCCAGCAGGCUCAUGUUUCGAACUUUGGUCAGUCAACCCUAUCAACGGAUGUCGAGCCAGUGGAUUAUCUUCUCAACAGGUAUGGCKAGAUUGCCGCCAGUCACUCUGGAAAUUCUGCCACGCCUGACGUAUCACUCGCAGAGCAUAUCGACAUUGUCAAGGGCUUGUUGAUUGCUUGUCACAACUCAACAACAGGUGCAUUGCUUGAAGCAGCCAGGGAAAGACUCAGGGACUACAUCAUACUCAGCAGUCAUCGAAAGAUGUACAGAAGGUUGGAGAUGGGCCAGAAGACGCGUGGCCGCGACUUCUACGACAUUUUAACUCUCAGCACAAAGCUCCCACAGUUUGACGCCAAUGACAUUGCAGAUCACGAAGUUCUCCGGAGACAUCCAACGGCCGCGCAACUUGCCCAAUUCAAGAGAUUCGCCGAUUCUGCAGGUAGUCCUUCGUGGACAGAUGGGAAAGCAGAUUUACCCAUCUACACGAAAAAGAACCGCAAGAUGCUGCAAAAAAUGCUUCGUGUCUAUCUGAGAAAGACCCAACAGGCACUCAUGGCGUUGAAGAACUCCAUCAGGCGCGAUAAGCUUGCCAAAGCCUCAAGAGAGGCCGUUGAAAUCAAGUCGCUUGUUGCGGCGGCGCAUCUUGAGGUCCAGAAUCUCAAUUAUUUCGUCAUGGCCUUUGAGCCUGUUCUCGUGGAGCACUUCAAGUGGCUUGAGCAAUUCAGACGCAACAGUGCGACAAAAUUCACUGAUGUGGCUUCCCUUGAUGCUGAAAUGUCUGUAUUCAACGAUCCGACUAUCGGAACAGGUCACCCAACCCAGAGGUCCCCGAGUGACCUGUCAAAGGCCAGCGUUGGCGACAAUGACGACGUCGAGAUGGGCGGAAUCGACCUGGAUYCAGACGACGACGAUAACGAUGAAGGCUCCGAGAUGGAGAUGCUGGAGGACAUUAAGCAGCUCGCUAAGAUGGAGGGGAGCGAGAAAGGUUGGGCAAUAGGCGCGAUGAGAUACUUGAAGCUGAUCUGCCUUCACGAGUUCGCUAUUCUCUGCGCAACAAACUUGAAGCCGCCURGACAGAAUCAGAGCGCAGCGCAACAGCGAGAGUAUCGCCUACUCACCGAAUCUUGCUUCACAGUCGUCGAUAUCCAGCAAGACAAACUCGACCUUCAACGCAAGGCAUUCACUCAAUGUAUGGAUGAAAUCGUCCAGCGGAAGACUGGUUUGGACAAGGCCGGCAUUUUGAAGUUCCUGGCAAGACAGCGCAAGAAUGGGAAAUUGGAAGAAGCCAACUGGAUCGUCAUCUCCACCGCAUUCUCUGGGACUUUCCACUGUGAAACCAUUCUGCUCGUACUUGCGGUCCUCGCCACCAAGCCGGAAAUCUCCUCAGAGCUCACACAAGAUUGGCUCAACCGCAACGGUAUUUUUGCAGCCAAAUCCGACCUGAACAAUAUGUUCCGCAGCAUGCUACCACAUGUCUCCAUAUCGAAGCAGGACUGCCCCGUGUGUAACAAAGUCUAUCAGCUCGUCGCAGAAUCGAAAGCAUUGCAAGGUUCCAAACGCCUUCUCACACCCGGCCAUCACACCCCAACAAGUGCAGUCGCGCUUCCGCCUUUCACUCCACGAGAAAUUGCCGAAAGCUGUCUCCAAGACAUCAUGAAGAAAGUGGAUGAUCGAAUGGAGAAGAUCCAAUGGGCCGUGGAGGUAAGCAAGGAACUAUCGAGCUAUAGCCCUAUUGGAGUUGGCUCUUACCCUGGAAUCGAUCGUGAGACACUCGCCCGCGUUCAAAGCCCUCCUGCUUGGAGUGAAGACGAAGAUUCGUCUCCAUGGGACAGUGGUGAUGAUGAGCCCGCUCCUGUAACGCCUGCGCGGUUUGCGGGAUCGUCUCUUGUGAAGAGUCGUAAGGUUGAAGCAGAUUAG